AAUUGCGCUCUGACCACAACCGUGCUGCAGUUAUGAGCUCUGUUUCGCUGGGUUGCGCGCUCCAUACACAAGGCACAGAGGCACAACACUAUAAGCAAUAGAGUCAGCUUCGGCGGAGCGAGCUCACAUGGCCGACACGCCAAGUCGCGUGGCCACGCUGCUCGAAAUCGCAGCGCUGCAGGCUGUGCAUGGUGCAGAGGAGGCGGUGAUCGAUGCGGCUGAGGUGCAACAGCUUGUUGACGCUGCAUGUGAGGGCGCGCUCGAGGAGGAGGUCGCUGCGGCCCAGCUGGGAUCAUCCUCCAUCGACCUGACGAUACACGUGACAGCAGCCGCGCCUCCGCCGCUGCGGGCGUCCCUGCGCGUGCGCCUCCCCGCGGCCUAUCCAGGAGCCGGCGGCGGCUGCAGCGGAUUGCAAGCUGGUUCUGACCCCGUGACAGCGGGCACCGUGGCAUUCGCUGCCGCUGCCGCGGCCAUCUGCAGCCUUGGGCCGCCGACCCAGAUGGCGUGUGGCGGGGCCGCCGGGGCUGCCGUGACGGGGGGCCGAGGCUGGUGCGACAGCUGCACGACCCAGAUGGCGGCACUGGCGAGCAGCGCGGCGCAAGAGGGCCGCCCUUGCCUGCAUGAGCUGGUGGAGGCGGUGCAGGCCGCGCUGUCGGACCUGGGGCGGCAGCUGCUGCAGGGGCAGCAGGGGCAGGGGCAGCAGGAGGAGACGUCGGCAGCAGCGGCAGGGGCCUGGGGCGACGGCGGCGCCGACGCUGACGAGGUGCUGCUGGUGAAGCUGGACCACAUGCACAACCGGGGCAUGUACUGCCGCACGCUGGCGGCUUGGGUGAAGGAGCUGGGGCUCACAGGCCGCCUGGUGUUCGGCCCCAGCGGUCUGCUGCUGGAGCUGCUGACGGGGCCGCCCGCCCGCCUGCGCGCCUACCUGGUGCGCCACCGCACGGAGGCCGUGGACGUGGACUCGCGGGGCCGCAAGUGCAAGGAAAGGAUGAUGGAGGUUAUUGGGCAGCGCGCCUGCGGUAACGGCCCCAGCAGCAGUAACAGCGGCGGCGGCUGUGGACAGCGGGCCUUCACUGACUACAGGGAGGUGCAGCUGUCCAGUCUGGAUGAGGUGGCACAGCUGCUGGAGGCGGCGGGUGUGGGCGACUGGCUGCGGCCGGCAGUGGGGCUGCCACCCGUUGCCGCCACACGGUGAAAGCGGCCUUCGACGCCUUCGCCGCAUGGCCUGCCGCUGGCUGCGUACGAUGCUGCAGCAACUCAUAAACUCAUCGUGACCCAAGGAAGUUUUGAGCUGUUAGUUGUGUGACGGGCCGAUCAGGGCCGGUCCUAGACAUACGAA